AUGUUUGUCUACGUCUUUUCGUUUGCCCUCCUCGGGCUUUUGUUUUACGUGGUUAUCCCGGUGAUCGUUAUCAUCCUCGAGUAUACGAUUGGACCGAAAUUGUUUGGCAAAAGAAAGCAGCUGCGUAAAGCCGGGCAAUGGGCUAUUAUCACGGGUGCUUCAGACGGCAUUGGGAAGGCCUUCGCUCAAGAAUUAGCCUCAGAUGGUUUGGAUGUCAUGCUGAUAAGUCGAAGUGCUGACAAGCUGGAAGCACUGGCUGCUGAGCUUCGGACGACCUAUGGUGUUUCAGUGAAGUACAUUGCGGUCGAUUUCACACAG